AUGGCCAGCAAGUCAGUCUUUGUUGUUGCUAUAGAUUUUGGCACAUCCUACAGCGGAUACUGUUUUUCCCUUGCUUCAGGUACAGACCAAAUCCGCGAGGUGUACUGGGGAACAGAGCACGGGUUCAAGACCCCAAAGACACCCACGUGCAUCUUGUUCAACCAGCAGCAGGAGUUCAAGAAUUUUGGCUAUGAUGCUGUGAUGAAGUACAAGAGCCUACCCUCCAGCAAAGCUGAGAGCUGGUACUUCUUCCAGAACUUCAAGAUGAAGCUGUACAACACAAAUGUCACAACCGGCAUGGAGCUGAAAGCCACCAAUGGAAAGAUGCUUCCUGCCCUGACAGUCUUUUCUGAAAGCCUGCGCUACCUGAAGCAACAUGCCCUGAACACCAUUAAAGAGGCCUCUUUCCAAACCGUCUAUGACGAGGAGGAGAUCACCUGGGUCAUUACUGUCCCAGCCAUAUGGAGCUCUGCUGCCAAGCAGUUCAUGCGUUUGGCAGCAAAAGAGGCAGGAAUGAUCUCUGACAUGCUCUCUAAAAAUCUGAUCAUUGCCUUGGAGCCAGAGGCUGCAUCGCUGUGGUGCAAACAGCUUCCACAGGAAGGGUUUAUGGCAGACAGCAGCGACAAGAAGAAGUUUGAAGACUCCCCUGGGAUCCAGUAUGUUGUUGUUGACUGUGGAGGUGGCACAAUAGACAUCACGGUACAUGAGAUCCAAGAAAACCAUUACCUGAAGGAGUUACACAAGGCAACUGGAGGUGGAUGGGGAGGCAACAGAGUGGAUGAAAACUUCGCUGAUUUCCUCAGGGAAAUAUUCAGUGACGGUGUAUGGGAUGAAUAUGUAAAGAGCCACCCUACUGAAUUCCAACAUAUGAUGUACAACUUUGGUCUGCAGAAAUGCUCUGCUAGCAGAGAGGCAGUCUACAUACAUUGCUACUACAACCUGAUCAGAAUGGCAGAACGCAAGAAGGACAUCGCUCAAUUCUUCGAAAAAGCACAGGGAGCUGUGUGGUCUGAUGGGAUGGUCAUGAUUACAUACGAGAAAAUGAAGAGCUUGUUUGACUACAGUAUCAAAAACAUAAUUUGUACUUUGAGGGAAAUUCUUGGCAAACCUGGGAUGGCCAAGGUCCAAUACAUUUUGCUUGUGGGGGGCUUUGCGUCAAGCAUCAUUUUGAGAGAUGCGAUCAGUCAGGCCUUUAGCAAUAAGUAUCAUGUCCUUUGUCCAGUGGAGGCCCAAGCGGCCAUUGCAAAAGGGGCUGUUUUAUUUGGAGUCAAUCCACACCUUGUUACCUCAAGAAUCAGUGCUAAGACAUAUGGUUUACAAGUAUGUCAGGAUUUUGAUCAUGCUAUUCACGAUGUCUCUAAACGGAGAGUCUCAAAAACUGGUGAUUAUGUUUAUUGCACAGAUCUCUUCAUGAAAUUGGUGGGAAUCGGGGAGUCAGUGAAUAUAAAUGAAGCUGCCCACUAUGAUUUAUAUCCAACAGAAGCAGAUCAAACAGAUGCACGCUUUGUUUUCUAUUGCACAGAAAAACAGGAUGCUCAGUACGUAGAUGAGGAAGGUAUCGAACAGCUUGGGUCCUGUACAGUGCCACUGCCAGACACACGUCUGGGAACGCAACGGCAGCUGAAGAUGGAGGUUAAGUUUGGGCUCACUGAAUUUAAAGCUACAUGUACCGAUGUUACUUCCAAAGAAAGUCGGACAGUUAUAAUAGAUUUUUUAACUGUAUAAGUACUCGGUAUACUGAGCAACAGAGGCUGUAACUCUAGAGAGAAAAUGGCUUUAGAGGGAGGCAGUAUGGUCAAAGUUUGGACUCGAUGAUUUUGGAGAUCUUUUCCACCCUUAACGAUUCUAAUGAUUCAAUGAAUCCUACAAUAGAGGAGGCAGUUGUACCAAUAAGUCCAUCAUCUACCUUUCUGUUUACACAAGGAAACUGCUAGUCUGAUUCUGUGGUUCCUGCCGUUGCU